GUGAUACCAUGUAAAACACAACGUUUCACAGUUGCUACGUUGUAACCGUCCUUGGUUGAAGUUACGUGCGGAUAUUAUGGGAGGGGGAGGGGAUGGUUAGUACUAGUUAUAUACGUAGGCAUUGCAUCAACCAAUCAGCAAUUAGUAAGUACAGCUUCCUGAAGGUUGGUUGAGCUUCGCGAGGGAGGUAGACAGAGCCGGGAUCAUAAUAUCAUAAUAAUGGGAGGAGUGAAGCAGGAACAGGGCGAGGGUUCCCACCCUCGAGGCCCUCACUCAUCUGAGACCCCGCACGAAGAGUGUUUCGUCUCCGUGCAGCCGGCCAAGAAGAGGGGCUGGCCGAAGGGAAAGAAGAGGAAGAAGGUUCUCCCCAACGGACCCAAGGCCCCGGUCACGGGGUACGUCCGGUUCCUGAACGCACGGCGCGAGCAGAUCCGGGCCCAGCACCCAGACCUGCCCUUCCCAGAGAUCACCAAGAGGCUGGGCGCAGAGUGGAGCCGCCUCAACCCCACCGACAAACAGCGCUACCUGGACGAGGCGGAGCGUGAAAAGGUGCAGUAUGCCAGAGAGCUGAAGGAGUACCAGCAGAGCGAAGCCUACCAGAUCACCACCGCCAAGAUCCAAGACAAGAAGGUCAAGAGAGAGGAGUCUCCCUCAGUCAUCAUCAACGCUAACAGCUCUGGAGUCUCCAACAAGGGCUUGGAGAUAUCUCCCAGGUUUGAUGUACCCAUGUUCACCGAGGAGUUCCUGGACCAGAACAAAGCCCGGGAGGCGGAGCUACGGCGCCUGAGGAAGGCCAACGUGGAGUUUGAGGAACAGAACGGCGUCCUGCAGAAGCACAUCUCCGACAUGUUCGCCGCCAAGGAGCGCCUGGAGGCGGAGCUAGGGCAGGACGAGCUGAGGACGCACGCACUGCAGCGCCACCUGCUGGUCAUCAAACACACGCUGGUCAGCAGCCUCAGCUCCAUAGCCCUGCCAGGUACAGGAGAGACGCCCUCGCUGGGGAAUCUGGACUCCUAUCUGAGUCGCCUCAGUGGGGCGCUAGAGAGCAGCCCUCACGAGCACCGCGCCCUGCUCUCCCAGCUGAGGGACGUGCUGGGCCAUCUGGAAAAUGAGAAGCUGUGAGAAGGCAGCCCUGAAGGUGAGGUCAAAGUUGACGACCCUGACGAUGACCCCAGGAUAACCCCACAAUCCUUGUAUAGUGUUCACUGUUCCUCACAGACAUGCAUGUACAGAACCAGACACUUUUGCCCGGUUCUACUCCAGUCUGUCGGGAGAACUGCUCUAGUUGACAGAACCCUGGCUGUCCGUGGAGGAGUUUCUGAUUGGUGGCGAGAGGUAGCUUGGGUGCUACAGUGACCAAUCAUCUUUACAGUAACUGACCACAGCCCCUCUGGGUUUGUGUAUCAUUUCCUUGGAGCAGUGUGUGUUGGGGGUGUGUCUUAAAUGUUUGUGUUAAUUUUCUCAAAACAGGAAUAUGCAUUUGAUGGAGAUGUUUUUUUGUAAUGUUUGCGUUCAUUAAAAGUGAAUGGUGA